ACUGGGUCAGCCAUCGACAUAAUCAAUUCAAGAUGGCUCCUGUUAUGAUCGAAGAAAACACGAAAAUCGUUGUGUAGAAAGUGGAAAAGCUUGGUGAAAAGUUGAGAAACCCAGAUAUCAGUACAGUAUGACGGGCAAGGCAGAAGGAAUACCCAAACCGGACAGUUUUCGGUUGCAAGCAGCUUCCGAUUUUUCUACUCGUAUGGACGACAUCUUCGGAUCGCUGAACCAGCUUGAGGCGAAGCACCAAGCCUGGGAACAUUCUUCACAUUCGGACAACGAGAAGCUGUUCAAAAGCGAUCCGGAUGCACCUGCCUCUCACGAUCGAAAGCGAGAUGAAUUUAAGAUACCGUCCACUCAGUGGCUUCCGCCAAACAAAAGGAAUUACUCGGGCGGCCCGCGUAGCUUUGUGAAAAGGAGUAGAACUCCCGAUUACCAAGUCCACCCAGAGAAGUGGACCAAAUACAGUUUGGAGGGCGUUUCCGACGCCGAUAUGUCGGAAGCCAGUAACAAGGCAGCUGCUCUAGACUUUCUCAGGCAGCGUCGCGAACAACAAUCGGAAGAGAGUACAUUGGACGAAGACGUGCCAGCGGAUCGACCUGUGAUCUUUCAGCGACGCAGACUGAGCGCUACUGACGAUUAUGAAGCGGACGACAAAUCGCAAAGCGGUACAACAAGCACGGUUGCGCCAUCCGGCAAAUUGAUCAUGCCGGAAUGCGUUGUUGGGGCCAAAGCAACAACUAAGAGAGUUAAGAAGGACGUUUCAUGUCGUCCAAAGGCGGAUGCCGUGAAGUUAGAUUACCUACUGGAUGAUGAGGAUAACGAUGAUGAGGACGAAGUGGAGGAUGACGAACCAAUAGGGAUGCAACAGAAUGUUGAUGUAAAGUUGCCUGCCUGUAAAGUUCCUAGAAAGAAGGCAAGAUAUGAUGAUGUUGAAGAUGAUGAGGCUCUAGAGGCAAAAGAAGAGCCUGAUGUUGCAGAGACAUCGUCAUCUCAAAAGCGGAGAAUUCGUUCCCUGCGGAUUGCCAACAAAGAUGACGAUUAAACGAAGGUCUAUGUUGUACAUUACGUAAGCGUGUUGUGUAAAGAAAACGUACUCAGUAAACAUAUACCAUGUGAA